AUGGCACGUCGGUCGGAUAUUCUGCUUCGUGGACUCUUCCUGUUUUCCCUUGGUGUAUUUUUGUUCCUCGUAUCUGAUGCACUUCAGGGGAUUCGCGGUGGCGUUGUUAAUCCCGAUCCUUCUCUGUGGGGACCUUUGAGUCCGAAAUUAUGGAUUCCGUUGGGAUGUGGAUUUGCCUCCGGAAUCUCAGAUGUGUACAACAAUGAAUGGUCGUCGGUUCUGCGUUGUGUAGCCCUAUUUUUUGGACUUAAUCAUGCAACUGUGCGAAUGGAUUUCGCAUCAUAUUUUCAGCUUGCCGUAACAGUAUUUGGACUUUCCUUCGGAUUAUGGUGGUUCUUCGACCGAUCUCGUGUAGGCUUGGGUUUUGGAAUGACAGUCGCUCUAAUCGCAACAAUCCUCGGUCAAUCGUUUGUAUGGCGGCGUCUUCUCCGAUUUUCGCAUCCCAUAAUGGCGGCUUGGAUUCCUUGCCUAACUUUCUGUGGUGGCGUCACAAUGGUGCUUGUCGGUCGACAACUAGCAAAACCUGACGUGCUUGCGCGUUCAAAGCGGAAAAUCGACUAA